AUGGAGUCAAUAUCGUUACUUGGCCGCAGUCUUGGACGCGUAGGACUAAGGACAUCACAGCCAUGGGCUAGCACUCAAUGCGCCCGCUCUCUACCACGCUCUUUCUUCCGGAGGAGUUUCCAGACCAGCCCGCAGCUCAAGCAACAAGGCCGCAUGCCCACCCAGGAAGACCUCCGCGCCCAAUUCAAGAGCAAGAACCGCAAUACCCUCUACUACACCCUGUCAAUCAUUCUCGGCACUGUCGCAUUAUCCUAUGGCUCCGUGCCCUUCUACAAGAUGAUCUGCCAGCAGAUGGGCUGGGGCGGUCAACCCAUCAGCAUCCACUCUGCUGGUCAGUACGAGGAGGACGACAUUGCUUCACGCCUCAUUCCCGUUACCGAUUCGCGCCGCUUGCGCAUCACCUUUGCCGGCUCCACCUCUGAUGUUCUUCCCUGGAAGUUCACUCCCCAGCAGAGAGAAGUCCGUGUUCUGCCUGGCGAGACUGCAUUGGCUUUCUAUACCGCCACCAAUCUGAGCAAAGAAGAGGAUAUCAUUGGUGUAGCCACAUACUCGGUUACUCCUGGUCAGGUUGCGCCAUACUUCUCAAAGAUCCAGUGUUUCUGUUUCGAGGAGCAGAGGUUGAACAAGGGCGAGACUGUCGACAUGCCAGUCUUCUUCUACAUCGAUCCUGAGUUUCUGAGAGAUCCAAACAUGUCCAAGAUUGACACCAUCACCCUCAAUUACACCUUCUUCAAGGCAAAGUACGACAAGGAUGGCCACUUGUCUCCCGUCGCUUGA